AUGAAAGCUGCCAUUUCAGAGGUUUUCACAGACUCUCGCCACCGCCUUUGCAUGUGGCAUAUUAUGAAGAAACUUCCCACCAAGAUUGCUGGAGAUCUGUUACAAAACUCUGAGCUAAGAGCAUUGAUGCAUCGUUUGGUGUGGAGUAUUCACAUGAAGCCAUCUACAUUUGAGACGCGUUGGCAACUUUUGAUGGAGGAAUAUGGGUUACAAGAUCACGACUGGUUGAAUGACAUGUACUCAAUUAGGGACCAAUGGGUACCUGCCUACUUCCGCGACAUUCCAAUGUGUUGUCUGAUGAAGACUACAUCAAGAUGUGAAAGCUCUAACUCAAGCUUCAAGGUCAACUCUUCUAGCGCUAACACACUAGUUCAGUUCAUGCUAUGUUACGAAACUAGGAUAGACAAUCAGCGUUACAGGCAACGCGUUGCAGAGUUUAAAACUUCGUCUAGUGUAUUCAUGGACAGUACUGACUUAGUUAUUGAGAAGCAUGCUUUUGAGUUGUAUACACAUGCAAUUUCUACAGAAGUAAGAAAAGAGAUAUACAAGGGGAAGUUGUUUUGUUACAUUGUAAACACGGAGGAUUGCGAUGAUGGUUGUGUUUACUAUGUGAAUCAAUUGGACAAACGUAACAAUGCAACCAACACAUUCACGGUUAUACUUGAGUUGAGUAACCAGUCGGUAUCCUGUUCAUGCAACAACUUCAUCCGUAUUGGAUAUCUGUGUAGGCACAUUUUUUGUGUUUACCGGGUAAACAAUAUUGAAAGAAUCCCGGCCCAGUAUGUUGUUAAGCGUUGGUCUAGGGACGUGCUUCCUAAAAGUUUAUUUUCUAUUGAAAGUAGAUAUGGUGUUGAUACUCGUCCACAAGCUGCUGCGAGAAGUCAGAUUCUUGAGAUCGUAACUGAAUGUGUGGACGCAUUAAGAAGCGAUGUUGGAGGACUUUCCUCUUUCGCUGAGCAGAUAAAGGAACUGAAAUGCAAGUUACUAAAUGGAGGACCAGUUGAUGACGAAGCCAACAAUGAUAACUAUGCUGCUGUUGAAGAAUUGCUUGGUGUUUCCUUAGAUGGGGACGUAACUCUUGACAAUCCAGACGGGAUCAGGAACAAAGGACGCGGCAAACGCCGACGAUUGACUAGAGCACCUCAGGAUGGUUCGAGCAACUCUGCUGUCAAACCUCCAAAAACCCCCCGGCUUUGCCGAACCUGUAUGAAGUAUGUGACUGGGCAUGAUUCAAGAAAUUGCAAGAAAAAGAGGAACAAGAACAAAUCGGUUAACGAGGACGAGGACUCAAGCUCUGCGAGUCAGGAGUCCACUUGA